AUGAAACACGAACGCAGCAUGAACACCAAUGCGAAGAAGGUGACAGAGAAGGAGAAGAAGAGUACUAUGUCGUCAAUGGCGUUCUUCCUAUAUUCCAUGAUCGCGAUCACGUGUGGAGGAUUGUUUCUAACUUAUUGGUUUUACAAAUACCAUCCCACAAAUUCUAAUCUUUGGAUGGUUCCUCUUGGACUCCUCUUCCUCCUCACUCCCGCGUUUCUCUCUCUCUCCGUUUUGAUCUCCGAUCUCUGCGACGAUGACGAUGGCGAAUCUCGACCGAAACCAAAUCAGGAUGGUGAUGUAAAAGUUUGA